AAUACGUAAACACAGCUGACAGCCAAAAUACUGCCGGCUUUGCAGAAUUUUAAUAAUUGUUGUAUUUAUCUAAUUUAGUAAAGGGUUCGACCCAAUGAAUAGCAUUCAAUUGCGCUAAAAGUGUAAUAAAACAGAAGUUUCCAGCAUUUUAGCACAAGCAUGUCCCUCCUGGCACUGCGCCCACUGCUAGUCAGACAGCGCAGCCUUUCCCUGUCGCUGCUACGAUACACCCGACCGCUUCCCUCCCUGGUAUGCCGAUACUCAACCGGAAAUGCUCCCAACCACAGCUCGAAAUCCCUCUCGGCCGGCAGCGACCGAAUCGACGUAUCGACCGACGUACGCCCGAUCGGGGAGCGGGUGAAGGAAAACACGAAAACCGCCAGCUACAUGGGCGUAAUAUUGCUCGGUGUCGGCGUCACCGGCAUGCUGUUUUACGUCAUCUUUUGGGAGCUGUUUUCCUCGGACAGUCCGAACAACAUCUACUCGGAAGCGCUGGAACGGGUGAAGGAAGAGCCGCGGGUAAAGGACGCACUCGGGGCCCCGAUCAAGGGCUACGGUGAGGAAACGCGCCGCGGACGGAGAACGCGUGUCGCCCACACGCAGUACGUGAAGGACGGGGUCGAGUACAUUCGGAUGCAGUUUCACGUGCAGGGCUUCCGGAACCGGGGAACGGUGCACCUGGAGAAGCGCAAAACCGACUCCGGUGGGUACGAGUAUCGGUAUCUGUUCGUGCAGCUAGACUACAACCCGCACAGUCCGAUCAUACUGGAGGACAACAGGCUACAGCAGGACGCGAUGCGUUCGGCCGCCAGUCCGAUGCCGCAGCCUUUCCUCUGAAAUCUGUCUCGGAACGAAAUACAUCCAACCAUUGUGUGAUACGGAG